AUGAGCGGAGCAAAGAACAAUGUUGUGUGUGUAACAGGAGCUUCUGGUUAUAUUGCAUCAUGGCUGGUCAAGCUUUUGUUAGGACGAGGUUAUAUUGUCAAAGCCACUGUUCGGGACCCAAACGAUCUGAAGAAAACAGAACACUUGCUUUCGCUUGAUGGAGCAAAAGAAAGGCUUCACUUGUUUAAAGCAGAUUUGCUAGAUGAAGGAUCUUUUGACCAUGCGGUUGAUGGAUGUGAUGGUGUUUUCCAUACAGCAUCUCCGGUACUAUUUUCAUCCAUCAGCGACCCACAGGUUCUAAUUAACCCUGCUGUGAAGGGAACACUAAAUGUUCUGAAGUCAUGCAAAAAAUUUCCAACUGUCAAGCGAGUGGUUUUGACAUCUUCUAUAGCUUCUGUGAUAAUGAAUGGAAAACCUCUGACCCCUGAUGUUGUAGUGGAUGAAACAUGGUAUUCGAAUCCACUUAUUGCUGAGAAGAACAAGCGAUGGUAUCUUCUUUCAAAGACUUUAGCUGAGGAGGCUGCUUGGAAAUUUUCUGAAGGAAAUGGAAUUGACUUGGUUUCAAUAAAUCCGGGGUUUGUGAUUGGACCAAUUUUGCAGCCGGCAAUUAAUUUGACCGUGGAGAUGAUUCAAAAUCUCAUAACUGGCAAGGCAGUGCCCGCUUCAAAUUACAGAUUCAUUGAUGUUAGAGAUGUUGCCUCUGCUCAUAUUCAAGCAUUUGAAGUUCCAUCAGCUACAGGAAGGUAUUGUUUGGUCAGCCAUAGCGCGCACAUUUCCGAGGCUCUAGAGAUUAUAAGAGAGCUUUAUCCCAAUUUGCACAUUCCUGAAAGAUGUGAGGAUGGUCCUCUUUUGCUCCCUUCUGAUCCACAAUUUCAAGUAUCCAAGGAGAAAGCAAAAGGUCUGGGAAUUGAUUUUUAUCCGUUUGAAAUGGAUGGAGAAGGGAAGGUUGUGUGUGUCACAGGAGCUUCUGGUUUCAUAGCUUCAUGGCUGGUGAAGCUCUUGUUACAGCGAGGCUAUGUUGUCAAAGCCACCGUUCGCGACCCAAAUGAUCCAAAGAAAACAGAACACUUGCUCGCACUUGAUGGAGCAAAGGAAAGGCUUCAUUUGUUCAAAGCAGACUUGUUGGAAGAAGGAUCUUUCGACCUUGUUGUUGAUGGAUGUGAAGGUGUUUUCCAUACAGCAUCUCCGGUAAUGUUUUCAUCGAUCAGCGACCCACAGGCAGAACUGAUUGAUCCUGCUGUAAAUGGAACGCUUAAUGUUCUUAAAUCAUGCACAAAAUUUCCAACAAUCAAGAGGGUAGUUUUAACAUCUUCCAUGGGUGCAGUUUUAUACAAUGGAAGACCUUUAACCUCUAAUGUGGUAGUUGAUGAAACAUGGUUUUCUGAUCCACUUUUUUGCGAGGAGUUGAAGGCAUGGUAUUUUAUGUCAAAAACUUUAGCAGAGCAGGCUGCUUGGAAAUUUGCUAAAGAAAACGGGAUUGACAUGGUGACCAUAAAUCCAGCGUAUGUGACGGGUCCGCUCUUGCAGCCAACUCUAAAUUACUCUUUGGAGAUGCUUCUGAAUCUUAAGAAUGAUAUUGACGAAGUAACAGCUGCAAAUUAUUUAUCUGUUGAUGUUAGAGAUGUUGUCUUGGCUCAUGUUCAAGCAUUUGAAGUUCCUUCAGCUAGUGGAAGAUAUAAUUUAGCUGGAAGUGUCACCCCCAUGGUCGAGGCUUUGAAGAUUUUAAAGGAACUUCAUCCCAGUUUGCACCCACCUGAAAUAUGUGAGCAUGAUAUCCCUACUGCCCCAGAGCAACAAGUAUCCCAGGAAAAAGCAAAAAGUUUGGGAGUUAGUUUCCUUCCAUUGGAAGCAAGUCUCAGGGACACUAUUGAAAGCAUGAAGGAGAACGGUUUCCUCAAGACUUGAAUUAUGCAACUAACAGCAACUUGUUCAUUGCACAAGUUUCUCCAAAGAGAUGAUGACUUUAUGUUUGUUUGUGUUCGUUUCUUUAUGUACUGAAAAGCGGCAUUUCUUAUUCCAAUUUUUGUAUAAAGAUGGUAGUAAACCAGUGAAAACAGGGUUUGUAAGAUUAUGAAGUUGUUUCAUUUGAUUU